CGUGCCUGCGUGCGUCGUGCGUGCCUACGUCAUCAGUAGCCCUUUUUCUCCACAUCAGUGAACUCCGUCCACCGGCAACAAUGAUCUGCCUGUUUUUGACCCUAUUUUCUUACUUCCUACAGUCAGGCUGGACUGGUGUGAAUGAGCGCACCUUCAUUGCCGUGAAACCAGAUGGCGUGCAGCGGAGACUGGUGGGAGAAAUUAUCCGUCGCUUUGAGAAGAGAGGAUUCAAACUGGUGGGCCUCAAACUUGUGCAGGCGACGGAGGAUCUUCUGAGGGAACACUACUGGGACCUGAGGAGCAGGCCUUUCUUCAGAGGACUGGUUAACUACAUGAGCUCUGGACCAAUCGUAGCCAUGGUGUGGGAGGGUUUGGACGUUGUCAACACUGCACGGAAGAUGAUGGGAGAGACCCACCCUGCUGACUCACUGCCUGGAACCAUCAGAGGAGAUUUCUCUGUGGAAGUUGGCAGGAACGUGAUCCACGGCAGCGACUCUGUGGAGAGCGCCCAGAAGGAAAUCUCUCUGUGGUUUCGGCAGAAUGAGCUCCAGUGCUGGGAGGACAGCAGCAGCCACUGGAUCUACAACUAAUGGUCUAAUGUGCUGCGACCAGCUGGAGACCAUCAUACCUCACAUUAAUAUUAUUCUGGCUUUAGUAGCUUGUAGCCACACGGGAGACGAGGUGUCAUUUUUUUCGUCUAUUUUUUAAAUUUUAUUUGAACUAGGUUUCUGAGGUGAAAUCUACAGAACAAACAUGCACUAAGUGAGCAAUAAUUUGAUCAGUAACAUGAAAAAGUCUGCUUCUGUUACACUAUGUGUUAUUUAGUCCAUAACUCAUGUUUACAGCUUUUAAGCAAUAAGCUCGACUGACCAGGUUGAUUCAUGUUUAUCAUGGAUAAUGAAUCAGGGAAUAAAAAAGUAAAUGGCUGCAUUUAAAUCCAUCCUAAAAGUUAACUUCUAUUGAACAUGCAGGAAAAAUGCAUGUGCUUUGUACUCAAAGUUACACAAAAAGCUAAAUUGCUGACCAGUUCAGUUUAUUUUGCACAUAAAUAUUUUUGUACUUUUUCUCGUGGGAAUAAACUCCUUGCUAUUUUCAUGGUGAAUAAUCAGCCAACAUGUACAGGUUUCUCCUGUAAUAGUACUUUCAAAGAAAACCCCAGAACAUUGCAGCAAUUAACAGCAACAAACCAACACAUUUAUUGCCUUUUUACAUGUGAUUUUCAGUUUCCUGAACUUGUUAAAUUGAAAUUCUGUAAGGGUGUAAACCAGUGGCAUUUAUCUUGAGACUACUUGAAUGUAAAGGGUAAAAGUUUCAAAAUAAGAUGCUUAACGCUUUAAGGAGCUCAUAUUUUGUAAUCUUAACAUGUCAAGCUUCCAAAUAUAAGAGAAACUAACUGAAUGAGGUACGCAAAUAUAUUUUGUUCUAUAACACUACAGUUUCUCCAACAGCUGCUUUUGUCACGUUUGUGCUUUUCUAAAAUCCCACGAUGCUGAAUGAAUUGUAUUGGAAUCGUCUUAAAACAAAUAAAUGUAAUCAGGAAAUCCUUUUUAA